CAUGCAAAGAAAUAAGAAAUCAGGAAGGGGGCAAACACUUUUUCACACCACUGUAUAUAAAGGGGACUAUUUUCGGGAGCACGCGUGGGGGCUGAUGCAUGACCCGAUGAACUUCACAUACAAGCGUAUGACCUAUGGUUCACAAGCACCCUUGAGUGACACGCAUGUCUGGUGUGCGGACAUGCCCGGUCACACCUUCCUUUCGCAACCCCCACCUCCCAAGACCUUUUGUUGAUCCCCAGUAUGGGCACGGAUGUUGUUAAAUUGGUCUAAGUGUUUUUGGGAGUGGCUUUGACAUGGUACAACUAUAUAGCUUUGUUGUAGAGAUCAGAUCCACAGAUCAUAUACUAAACAGAGACUGUGACUGUGGGAUGACGGCUACUACAUUUGACAGAGAUUUUGCUUUGAUUCUGGACAAUGGCUGCUACAUUUUGACAGAGAUUUUUGCAUUGAUUCCGGACAACAGCUGCAUCUUGAUUGAGUGACUGAUGUGCUGUGCUUCUUUUCCAUUUUGCACUGAUCCUGUCAACAAUGUGGCCAUGGAGAAUACAGGAUUUAAGGACAUUUAUCUGCAAUCGACAUCAGACAAAAGGCUGUUGCUGGAAAGAUUUGUCUUUGUCAAGCGUCCCGGCCUUGCUACUGCUGUGUGUUCUAUUGGAUUAUCUUCUGUUUCUCUUGGACCUCGCAUGGAUUUUGGAUUUUAGACUUUGCCUGCUCCCUGUUGGAAUUGUUUGCCUUUGUUGGACUGCCUUUCCUGGUUUGCUCUCUGCCUGCCUGACAAUCCAUAGACCUCAGACUGAUUUCCGGCCUGCUAGCCACCAGCCUGAAUCCCGGCCUGCUAGCCUCCAGCCUUCACCUCAGCUUGCAGCCCAGUCGGUUAGGCCCGGGUUUGUUAACCUGCAACCUGCCUGUCCUGAGUCAUCCCCAGCCCCAAACCCAUACCUGGGCAUCCGCCUGGCUUUGGGAGGUCCUUGCAGCCAUCAGCUUAGUUUCUGGCCUGCUAGCUACCAGCCUUCACUCCAGCCUGCUAGUUUUCAGCCUGAACCACAGCCUUUCCUGUCCUGGAGCCACCUUGUAGAAAGCCCUCCAGAAGGAAGAGUGGCUCCCACUGACAUCGUGCCUCUCUGCUGCCCAGCUGCCCAUCCUCACCGCUGCCCUGCUGCCCGUCCUCACCACUGCCCAGCUCCUCGUCCUCACCACAGAGGUUCCGCUGCCCAGCGUCACAGAGAAUCAGCUGCCUCCUGAACCCCCUGAGCUGCAGCUUCCUGACUCUUCUGAGCUGCUGCAGCCUCCUGAAUUUUCUGAGCUGCAGGACACUCCUGAAUCUCCUGAGCUGCAGCGGUCUCCUGAUCCUGUUGAGCUGCAGCAGUCUCCUGACCCUCCUGAGCUGCUGGAAUCACCAGGUCUUGAGCUGCAGCAAUCGCCCGUUUCUGCUGAGCUACAGCAGUCGCCUGUGUCAGAGCUACUGGAAUCACCAGGCCCUGAGCUACAGCAACCUCCUGAACUCUCCAAGCUGCAACAGCUUCCUGAUCCACCUGAGCUGCAGCCUCCGGGGGUUCCUGGUGUUGGGACUCCACAGAUUAAUUCAUUAAUUUGGGUGAUUGUUAACUGAACUUUUGUUAGGAGACUGCAUUCUCUUUUGUCCCACAAUCCUGAUAGCCAUUGAAUGCAGCAUUGGUCUGACCUGUGACCCGGAAGUCACCAGGUCAAUAAAAAGGUCAGCGAUAAUUUGUUCUGUCUCUUUCCUCUUCUCUCCUCGCCCGGACCUGAUGGUUCGCUGAACCUCGGCAUGGUUUGCUCAGUGCAGAUCCACCAACGAGAGGAUAAAGGAUUAGGCCACAACACAGGUGCCUGCCUUCUAAGAUUUCUGGUUAGCUCACCGCUAACCGAAAGUUAGGUUGUUUGCUACCACCGCCAUGUAAUCUGCUCGAAGAAGAAACAUCCAGCAUGCACACACACACACCCUUUGUUCUG